CAUAUUGGACAGUUAGCGUAUACAUCCGAUACUAGACGUGGUUACAUUUUAUAAUAACAUUUAUUUUACUGUGAUAGAUUGUGGUCUUUUUGUAUCCAGCGGCCACGUUUUGGCGUUUAAGCGUGGUUAAGUGCGUAUAGGCUACUUGCCGCAACAUGGCUUCGACACUUAUCGUGGGGGGUUGUGGAACAAUGAAACUUACAGCUAAUUAUGGAUUCGUACGUCUUAAGACUGGAUGGCAUUCUGUUAAUGCAUUGUAAAUGAACAAAUGAGUGAAUCAGAAAAAUGAGAAAUGUCGAUUAGUGGAAAUGUCAGAAGUUUAGUCUUGUUAUUCUGAAUUGUAUGUCUUUUUUUAAGCGCAGAUGUCACCGUUUAUAAAAAGUUGCUUAUGAUUGCAUCUCAUCUUUAGAAAGUACGUGUUCUUGUCGCCUGCAAUUGAACUUAAAAUUUAAUGUGUUUAUGCAUACUUGUCUAGGCUAGUGGAGUUUUACACGUUUUAGCCGCGUGAAUAAUUGCAUACUUUACCGAAGGCCUCAUUGUUCUUCACGUGAUUAAGAUUUGAAAUGUUUAUUUUUCAUAUGUUGGGUUGCAGUAAAAGGCAAUUUAACAAUAAUACCUAAAGUGAAUGAAAAGGAAGUCGAGGUUAUGCUUUCAGUUUUUCAGAGAACAGUUUUAUAUGCCCAUAUUUUGGUAUCAUAGUUGGCGAUACAACCAAGUGUUUCACUAUAUUUACUCAUCAGAAAGAGACUCCACUGUAUUUCCUUUCACCAAUGGAAUAACUCUUGUAAUGCUAAGUCUGGUGGGUUCAUUGUACAUACUGAACUGUCCCAAUAGUGUACUGUACAGUAUUUGGACUGCAGUUAUCCUACGGUCUAUAAUUACUUGUAACAAGUUGUAACAAUGAUAUAAUUUAACAAUUAAAGUCCGUACUCAAUAAUUGUUGCUGAAAAGCUUCUUUGAGUUGAACGCAGACUAAUCUAACUUGAAAACCACUGGAGAGACGACUUUUCUCCGUGGAAUGUUUACUCUCACAGAAGUAGCCUCUCUCAAUGAUGUCCAGCCAACUUACCGAAUUCUGAAACCAUGGUGGGACGUCUUCAUGGAUUACCUCGGAGUCGUCAUGCUGAUGUUGGCAAUAUUUGCCGGGACAAUGCAGUUAACCAAAGACCAAGUAGUUUGCCUUCCCAUUUUGGAAUCCGGAGAAGGGCCUGGAAGCCCAAACAGCUUCACCACUCAGAGGCCAGCAGAGACUACAGUUGCCUCAGGCAAUGGAGAGAAGGUCAACAGAGUCACACUGGCGGCUGCUCCACUGACCUCUAAAGAUGUACCCGAGAGUGUGAUUCGGGAAAUCGCCCAGCCAGCUAUGCUCACGGAAAACAAAUAUCCCGGCCAGCCAGAACCAACAGGGGUUCGAACCAACCUAGAUUUUCAGCAGUAUGUCUUUGUCAAUCAGAUGUGCUACCAUGACGCCUUGCCCUGGUAUUCCAAGUACUUUCCUUACCUCGCUCUCAUCCACACCAUUGUACUCAUGGUCAGCAGCAAUUUUUGGUUCAAAUAUCCAAAGACCAGUUCAAAAAUUGAGCAUUUUGUGUCCAUUUUAGGGAAAUGUUUUGAGUCACCAUGGACUACAAAGGCAUUGUCUGAGACUGCCUGUGAGGACUCUGAAGAGAACAAGCAGAGACUCACAGGUACAACCUCUUUACCAAAGCAUUUUUCAACCAGCAGCGAAGAAGGAAGUCCAAAUCAGUCCACCCCUAUGCUAACAAAAGCUGGGGUAAAAUUCUCUGCAGAGAAGCCUGUCAUUGAAGUCCCAAGCAUGACCAUACUGGAUAAAAAAGAUGGAGAGCAGGCCAAAGCUCUUUUUGAGAAGGUGAGGAAGUUCCGCGCCCAUGUGGAGGACAGUGACUUGAUCUACAAGCUCUAUGUUGCCCAGACCAUUAUCAAAACUGUAAAAUUUAUCAUGAUUUUGUGUUACACAUCAACCUUUGUAGCUGCCAUUAACUUUGAGCACCUGUGUCAGCCUAAUAUCAAACAUUUAACUGGGUAUGCUAGAUUCCAGUGCACACACAACAUGGCAUUCAUGUUGAGAAAGCUGCUCAUCAGCUACAUUGCCCUCAUGUGCGUGUAUGGCAUGGUGUGUAUAUACACCCUCUUCUGGUUGUUCAGACGCUCCCUGAAGGAGUAUUCCUUUGAGAAGGUUCGAGAGGAGAGCAGCUUCAGUGACAUUCCCGAUGUUAAGAAUGACUUUGCUUUCCUUUUGCACAUGGUUGACCAGUAUGACCAGUUGUACUCAAAGCGGUUUGGGGUUUUUCUCUCUGAAGUCAGUGAGAACAAGCUGCGGGAAAUAAGUUUGAACCAUGAGUGGACCUUCGAGAAGCUCCGCCAACAUGUGACUCGCAACGCCCAGGACAAGCUGGAGCUCCACCUUUUCAUGCUCUCUGGAGUGCCCGAUGCCGUAUUUGACCUCACUGACCUGGAGAUUUUGAAACUGGAGCUAAUUCCUGAGGCUAGGAUCACAGCUAAGAUUUCCCAAAUGAUCAACAUUCAGGAGCUGCAUUUUUAUCACUGUCCGGCCAAAGUUGAGCAGACUGCAUUUAGUUUUCUCCGUGACCACCUCAGGUGCCUUCAUGUGAAGUUUACAGAUGUUGCGGAGAUUCCCACUUGGGUAUAUUUGUUGAAGAGCUUGAAGGAAUUGUACUUGAUAGGCAACCUAAAUUCUGAAAAUAACAAAAUGAUAGGUUUAGAAUCCCUACGAGAUCUGAGGCAUCUAAAGAUCUUGCAUCUUAAGAGCAACCUCACUAAGAUCCCCUCAAACAUAACGGACCUGUCUCCGCACCUCACCAAACUGGUGGUGCAUAAUGAUGGUACUAAACUGUUAGUACUUAACAGCUUGAAGAAAAUGCUGAACUUAGGUGAGCUGGAGUUGCAUAAUUGUGAACUCGAGCGAAUCCCUCAUGCUAUUUUUAGCUUGACUAACUUACAAGAGCUGGAUUUGAAAUCUAAUAAUAUUCGUACCAUUGAAGAGGUCAUUAGUUUCCAGCACCUCAAGAGGUUGACUUGCCUCAAACUGUGGCAUAACAAAAUCAUCACCAUUCCAUUGUCCAUAAGCCAUGUCAAAAACCUUGAGUCACUCUACCUUUCACACAACAAACUAGAGUCUCUUCCCACGCCCUUAUUCAGCCUCCUUAAGUUGAGGUACUUGGAUGUCAGUCAUAACUCCAUUGUAGUCAUCCCACUGGAAGUGGGCUUCUUGCAAAAUCUUCAGCAUUUUUCCAUCACAAGCAACAAGGUGGAGGUGGUUCCCAAGCAGCUAUUCAAGUGCAUCAAGCUAAAGACUCUUUGUCUGGGGCAUAACAGCAUCUCCACCAUUCCUGAGAAAAUAGGCCAGUUAGUUCAGCUCUCACAUCUAGAACUGAAAGGAAACUGUUUGGACCGCCUCCCAUCCCAGCUGGGGCAGUGUCGCCUCCUACGGAAAAGUGGCCUCUUCGUUGAAGACCAUCUUUUCACCACUCUGCCACCCGAAGUUAAAGAAAGCAUCAAUCAGGAAUCCAAUAUGACCUUUGCAAAUGGGGUAUAGGUACGAGUCGCACAAAGCUAAAUAGUCACUUCUCUUGGUCUGGUUAUGAUGUCAUUUUAGCCUUGUCUGAUGGUAUGGUGAUAUGAAGAGGGCACAAGUUCACAUUCACGCAGUUCUGGGCACAGUGACCAUACUGUGGAAGGGCUUGGUGUAUGGAUGAUUCUAAUUGACAGGAUGGAUGGUUUAACUUACAGGACAAACAGCCAUAUGCUGAACAGUGCACUUUCCCACCAGCUAUGGGAAUUAUCAGAACAUUGGCACUUCGGGCUCUGCUGCUUGUAGUUACACUGAUUUGAAGACUGCAGGCUCCACAAUGAGGUUUUAUAGGGAAAAUGCAAACAUCACUGGAAAAAAUAAGUGAACAAUAGGAAUUAGAAAUACCAGGGAAUUUCUCCAGUUCUGAAAGCAGCUUUUCUUAUGUUAAAUUAUAUUUAUGAUAUAGUUCUACCUAAAUACAUAGUAAUUCAGAACCUGACCUUGUAGCCAUUACAGAAUUUGUGAUGGAACUCUGAUUUAUCAGUAAUUCAAAAUAUAUUGCACUGAGCAAACAUUUAUACAUACAAACAAGACUAAAUUGUCUGAACAAAAUUCUCUUUAAAGCAUUUCAAAUUCUGUUCCCUGGUUAUCGUGGUGGUGUAGUCUUUAGCCCUUUACUGGUCUUGGAUGAAGACAUGGAAGGAUAUAUACAGUCAACACCAAUUUAAGAGCACAAUGACUGAACCAAGAGCAUGUUUUAGAGAUGCUACUGCUACAUGCUAAGGAGUUGGCCCUCCCUGCAUGGUUCCCUAUGCCUAUAUUUGGAGCCCUGGCUUACUAGACAAUCUUCCGUGUGUAUUUGUAGGCAUGUUGGCAGCACGGUGGCACAGUGGUUCAAAAAGGAGGUUCCGGGUUUGAGUCUUGGCCGGCUGGAUCCUCUCUGCUCUCUGCUCUCUGCUCUCUGCUCUCUGCUUUCCUCUGGGUACUUCGGUUUCCUCCGAAGACAUGUAGUCGAGGUUAGGUAUACCCUGGACCAAGCCACUGGCCUCUAAACUGGAGAUGGUCCUUGGGCACUGUACUUUGGCUGCCCACUGCUCCUAAUAAGCUAGGGUGGGUCAAAUGCAUAGGACAAAUUACCCUCCAGGGUCAAUAAAGUUCAAUUUCACUUUCAAAAUUCCUCGUCCUCUCAAACCUGUAAAAAGGAGCCAAGUCAACCUACCUUGAUAUCUUGUUUAGUUCCAAAUUUACUAGUGAUGCUACAGUAGUGCUGUGGAAGCACAAGGUAAGAUGGGAUUUUACCUGGAGCUUACUAAAAAUUACCAGAAGGUACUUCAUCAGUUUGAACGCCUCUACUUUUCUUUCACUUCAAAUUCACGAGUGGGUUUUUCCCAAUUUUCUUUCUAUUUUCUGAAUUGUAGUGUGAAUUGUUUAUUGUUUCAAGUUCAGUAGUAGUCACUCCACUCCAGUCCAACUCCGUGGUUUCUUAGUUUUUUGUUUUUGUUUUGUUAUAGCAGCUCAAUCAGUUAACAGAUUCAAGUUUAAUUUACCAUUACUGCAUAUCAUAUGGUGCUCCAUCACGGUACUUCUACAAAUUAUUUUUGUAUUAUGUUAAAUUAUUUAAGGUCCUGCAUUUCCUUGUGAAGACAAAAAGCAAAAGUGUGUUUUAAAGCGAGUUCUCUUUCUUGGGUUUUUCUCUUUUUUUUUCCCAGUGUUUGUGUAUGUUUUUGAUUGGUCCAUACAGUUAUUGUGUGUGAUGAAGGAUACAUUAAAUAUUUAGAGAAGUUUCUUAUGACCUGUCGAAUUUACAGUGGCAGGUAUGGGACAUUUGGGGUUUGUGGUCUAAAGUCUGGAGUUACUUCAUAACUCCAAAAUGGUUUCUAUGGCUCCAAAGGAUGUGCAUUGUACGUACAUUAAAACUGAAAUAACCUAAUGAAAAAAAAAAAAAAAAACCCAGAACUUAACUAUGCCUUUGUAGACUGUAAAGGUAUAAUCAAUUACACACCGACAGAAUUACACAUUAAAUAAUGUAAUGACUAUUUAAGGGAAAUUAAUUCAGAAACAUGCAAUAAAUGUUAGUUAUGCAGGCAAUAAAAAUGACUGGCAAGGGACAUUUAGAAAUGUAGGUCAGUAGCUUUUCCAAAUCAAUACGGCUUAACUUGCAAAACCCAUCUGCAGUACUGUAUUUGGCAGUUCUGCAAUGAGAAACAUACAAUAAAAUCAACAUGUCCCUAUAGAUAGAAAUGUUCGUAUUAGGCCACUGUUUAAAGGAGAUGUUCUCUCAGUGAAAGCUCUGCCUUCUGAGCAUGCUAAAAAUGACAACCAAUCAUGUCAUUGAAUGUCACAGAAUCUCUUUGUAUAGCACUAAAUGAGGAAGUAUGACUAGUAAAACGAUGGUAUUCCACAUGCAGGUGUGUGUGAUAAUGUGAUACAUUGUUAUGAAUUUGAGAAUGAUGAUAUAUUCAUGACAAAUGGUAUACUAUGACACAAUACUGCAAACCAUGAAUACAAAAUUGUUCUGUUUGCUCACAUAUUUGGGAAAAGGCUGAAUGGUAGAAAUCCUGUCUCCAUUCAUCUUUCUCUUCAUUUAUACUGUUAUAUUAUUUUUAAUAAAUUAAAAUUGUGAUGUUAGGUUUAUAGGCCAUUAUAGGAGCUUGUAGUAAUUUUUUCAUGUUUUUAGAAGCAGCAGAAUAAUUGAUUAGUCAGACAAUGUGUUUUUCUUUUUAUAUUUGUUUGAUAUUACCAAAUGUUGAAGUAUGAGCUUUAUAUGAAUAUUUAAGGAAAAUGGUGAGAGUUGUGAGGGAUGAAACUAACUAAAAUGAGUUAGUCUGGAGAAUUAUUCAUUGGGACAGUGAAUCCUCAUUAAGCCAUUUUCAUUUUAGAAAACAAAAGCUCUAUUUCUGUUUGAGAAUGUCACUGUACUUUUUUUUUUACAUUAGCAAACUGUAACUGAACUUACUCAAUGCAGUUUUAAUACAAAACAGUUUUCAUUCUUUACUUAAACACUUUACUUAAAACUGGAAUCUCUAAUAUGAGGCCGCCUAUGAAAUGUGUUUGUUUUUAAUUAGGUCAUAGUGCAUGUACUGCUUUAACAUGAAACAUUUUUGUUUGUUGGUGUUUCUUAAAUGCCACUGUUGCUAGAGAACAAUAUGACACACAAUUUUCAUUUAUGCAGUGUUAUUUGGGAAACCUCUGUAUAAUGUUCAUGUGUUUUUUUUCCCUUUUGAAAUGGCAUUUUUAAUUUCUAACAACUAACAACAUGCUAUUUAAUAACUGUCAAUGUAACUCAAUGACAUGAAAAAAUCUGAAUAGAUUUUUCUUCAAUUUAUACUGCUUAAAUGAUCAUGUUUUUUAAGAUAAGCCAAAUAUUUAUUUCCAAAUAAAUAAUUUCACAAAUGUUUUACAUUUGGUUGACAUUGAUUUAACUUACAAACUGUAUUGUGUGUAUUCUACAUGGCUCAAUACCAAUCCAACUGUGUUGCAGGUGUCAUGUGAUAGCCACAUAUAAUGCAGUUUCUUUUCCAUGUGUUGUAAGCCCACUUGUGAAUGAACACCACGAUGCAUUAAAAUUGGGGACAACAAUCAUUGCUAAUUUAUUUCACAGAAAAUAUAAAUCACUCUAUUAAGUUCCUACUCAUUGUUAGUUUGAUUUUGAAAAUGCUGUAUUGUUUCCAACAAUAAAUACAGUGAAAUUAGA